UCUACCUACAGCUGAUUUCAUACAAUACUAUGACGUAGAGGGGUGUUCUGUGUGUCUUUGACUUUUCUAUAACCGUGGUGAAAGAGUUUGUGCAAUAAAACGAAGGCUUAUAAACAGAAGUUAUGGACGAAGAAAUAAUUUACGACUUGUGCAUCAUUGGUGCAGGCAUGUUUGGAUCUGCUGCUGCCAGACACGCCUCAGCCAAUGUACCUUUGAGAGUUUGUCUGGUGGGACCUGACGAACCAACGGAAAAAGAAAGACAGCAACGUGAAAUCUUUUCAUCGCAUUAUGACGAAGGAAGAAUAACUAGAAUCCUUGAUGAUGAUCCAGCUUGCCAAAUACUUUCAAGGCACUCUAUCAGUAGAUAUCGAGAAUUAGAAGAACUAUCAGGUAUACAUUUCCAUUAUCCUGUUGGAUUUCUGUACAUUGGUACAAGAAACAGUCAAAUCAUGAAUAAAAUGGUGCAAGUGGCAGCUACAUGUGAUGUGCCUACAGUUGAUCUUCACCGUGAUGAAAUAUUCCAGAUGAGAUAUCCCUUUCUGAAGCUGGCUGAAAAUGAAUAUGCACUCUUAGAUGAUAGCGGCGCUGGGCAUAUCAGUCCUAGAAAAAUGGUAGCUGCCCAGAAAAAAGUUGCGAAGCUACAAGGCUGCCAUAUAAUUCAUGAAGUAGUUGAACAAGUCGAAGAAAUGGUGAAUGGCACGCAUCAGAUUCUAACUGAAACUGGAAAACGCCUGAAAGCAAAAAGAGUGCUAUUCUGUACUGGAGCAUUCACAAAUUUCAAGAAAUUCGCAGUAUUAGAAGAAUUAAGCAUUACAGUAAAGAAAGAAACCGUAGCUUUCCUCAAGAUCCCUGUACACGAAUCAAAACGAAUUAGCUCUAUGCCUAGCAUUGUCUGUCGCAGGGAUUUGGAAAAUACUGGAUUAAAUUUGGGAGCCUAUAUUUUGCCUCCUAUUCGAUAUCCAGAUGGAAACUACUACUUGAAGAUUGGCCACAUGGACAUGGUAAACUGCGAUAUAAAGACUUUGCCUGAAGUUAAGCACUGGUAUCUCUCAAAAGGUGAUGAAAGAGUAAUAGAAAUGUAUUCAAAACUUCUCAUUGAAAUGCUUCCUGGUUUGGAAGUUGAAGGCCUCAGUAGCAUGACUUGUGUUACAUGUGAAAGUCCAUCUGGUCUACCUUACAUUGAUCAAGUAAGCCCCACGGUAACCGUAGCUGUAGUUGGAAAUGGCAAAGGAGCCAAAUUCUCUGAUGAGGUUGGUAGAAUCGCUGCACAUUUGAGCAUAACAGGGAAAUGGGAUUCGGAGUUGGCAAAAUCACAGUUUAAGGUUAUUCUUGCAGAAAGUUAAGAUUUCUGUUCAAAUGUCUGCACACAGAUAAUGUGGAAUAUCUGUUAAAGAACAAUAAAACUGGUUGCAAUAAAUAAAAUUAUUUUUUAAUACAAA